UCGGAAACCCGAAACAUAACCACUUAGAGCAGUAAAAAGAAAAGAGAAAAAGAUGUCUUCAUGUCCAGGGAAGAGCUCAUGGCCGCAUCUGGUGGGGGUGGGCGGCUCAGCCGCCAAGGCCAUUAUCGAGAGGGAGAAUCCGAACGUGAAAGCCGUCAUUUUGGAGGAGGGAACCCCCGUCACCAAGGACUUCCGCUGUAAUCGGGUUCGGAUUUGGGUCAAUAAGCGUGGACUUGUUGCAAGCCCACCUCGAAUAGGCUGAGGCCCAAGCCCAAGCCCAAACCCAAACCCACUAUAAAAAUAUAUUUCUCUUAGCUACGGGAAGGCCCAAGCCCAUUACCCUAAUUACUAAAUAAAAUAAGUUUUAUUAUA